ACGACAACUCAACACCUCACCCGACCACUUAAGGUGUGGAAAGCCAUCAUUUCAUGAUCGAUGUCCCGCAUUUCAAUGAGCUAGUCACUAUUCAUUUCGGUCAACAUGGAACUCCCUAAUGAGAUCCUUGAUCAGAUACUCGAUGGAUUGGUGGUCUACCAGCCAUUGGCAAGGGUCCGGGGCGUCUAUUCUCUAGACGACUGGAACUUUUUUACGUCACACUCUGCGCGGCUCCCUGCCGAUACACGCCACGAUUCUGGCUUGUCGAUGAAGUUCAACCGGGACGAAUUGCCCCCCAUCGAAGGCGGCUUUUGGAACUUGCGCUUGGUCUCGCGCCAAUGGAAUUCCUCCGUAAUCAGAAUGCUGCAGAAGCACCAAUGGUGGAGUGUACCCUUUGAUGAUCGAAGUCGUCUUGCAAAACUUCUCCGAGUCUGUGACGGGGCCGAUGGUGGUCCAUGUAGUUGGAUCAGAAAUCUCAGCCUCAACGACCUCGAUGGACUACGUACUUUUUCGCGGCUUUACUCGUACGACUUUGAGAUGUUCGAAGGUCAGAAUGUCGAUGAUGACUACAUCAUCUUAAACUCCUAUGUCGACAAACUUAGGACAACAGAUUGGUGGACCUCGGACCCGACACGCUCUAGACAUGAGCUCCAUUACGGGAAGAACAACGAACACGCGCUUCUUCGACGCUUUUUUGAUACUGUCAAACGCAUAGAGCGCUUCAGUGUUGAUUUCCCUGCAGCCUACAGCAAACAUGAUCUCAUGGCAAAUUGUUACGACAUGCAAGGCGUGGAUGAGGUUUUGGCAACAGUUAAACACGGCCUGGCUAGUCCGGGAUUCCAAUAUUUGGUGGAUCUCAGCUUUGCGGUACCUUCGACGUGGCAUAUUGGACAAUUGGCUGGUGCCCUGUCUCAGGAUGCCCGGAAUCGCCUUAGGAAGCUACGUUUGGUCAUCGUUGACGAGACUGGACCGAGCGGAAGCGCACAAUACACCAAGAUAGAGGAGGAAAAUAACGACGGGGAUAGAACGACCAUUUUGGGAUCAGUUGCGCCGAGUAAUGUGCAGGCAACCUAUCCCAACAGAGAACAUCAGGACGCACUCUGGGCCUUGGUGGCAUCUUGCCCCAACCUUGAGGCACUUGGCAUCGAGGCGACGCAUUAUCUCAACAUGGACCUUCAGCAGUGGGGGAAUUCCCAAUUCGGUACCAAACAUCUGUGCGACCUCUCGCUUCGCCGGAUAUGGACCAACAUACCGUCACUUCUACAACUGUUGUCGGCUAUCCCGCCAUCGUCACAAGGUUCAGCGAUCCGCCGAGUCAACUUUGACGACGUCAAGAUCCAUUGGGACGGGGGUAACUGGGAAGACGUAUUUGCGCAUCUGAGGAAAAACUGCCCUGAUCUUGAGAUCUUUCGCGCAGAGCAGCUCAGCUACUUUUCCAACCAUCCGCGUUACGAGCACAACAACAGGCCAUGGGAGAACUACAACUCUAUAUGGACAGACGACUACGAUGGAGAAGCUAAUGACAGGCUGUUCUUGGAAAUGCUCAACAUGAAGCUGAUCAACAAGAUUGGGUCAGUCGCGGACUAUCCUGUUUCGAUAUACAAUUACGAUUUUGAGAUGGAACUUCAAGAAUCGCACUAGAUACCCCGUAGGAAGACUAUUAUAAAGAGAUUUCGAAGGCUCAAAGUAUGUCCAACAGCAUCGUUGAGCACCUCCUCUCAGACUGCAUUCGA